AUGGAUGUCCUCGACGAGUUGGAGGCUAUGGCCAAUGCCGUCUCACUGGCAGACUCCAACGAGAUCGACAACAGCACAAUUUACAGAUGGCAGUCUUUGUUCGGCUACUCAGAAUCCGAAGCCCGCGAUAAAAUCAAAGAAUAUCGCUCAAGUUCGCAUGACUUCAUCGCUUCUGAUAGUCACUGGGACAUGGUCCGAGAUCAGAAACAACACGAAGGCUUCGACAGAGAGCCAUACGAGUACUCGUGCACUGCUGUAGCACGCAAGUCAUGCCAUCCAUUGACACUGACUCAAAAGCAGACGCAGAGGCUUCAGACUUCAACAUUCUUGGUCAAGCUCGAGGGACCUCUUCAAACCGUUGAAGCUGUGGCUCAGGCUGCAAAUAUGUCUUCGAUACAGGAGACUAUGAUGGCAUCGGACUCAUCGGGCCGGACCAGCUCCUUCUGUAAAGUCAACGGCCUUGAGAAACUGGCUAUCGAGGCCUUUUUAUCCAAGUCCAAAAUUCACUCGGCAUUCUCUCCUACCUUUAUUCGAAUCUCGCUUGCUCGAAAGGAGUUGUCAACCAACUCCGUCUAUCCAACUCUUGGUAUUGACUCGACAAUGCCUCAGCAUCGACUAGGAAAGCAGAAUGACAGCCCCCAACCUACUCAGAACGAGUACCCUAUUUGGUACUUUUUCUACGGUACUCUUGCGCAGAGUGAGGUCCUUUCCGACCUACUAGGCACUGAUCCUGUUUAUCACGAUGCCAAGAUCCGUGGUGGGGUUGUCGGAAGCUGGGGCAACUACAAGGCGCUUGUCGAUGAUCCAAGUCAGAGAAACAUGGUACAUGAGAAGGCAUUUCUAGUCACGUGUGAAGAGGAUGAGGAAGCUCUGCGUCUAUAUGAGACGGAAGCGUACGAGAUUGUCAGGUGCCGCAUUGAGGUGGAUGAGGGACGGGUCAUUGAUGGUUUAACAUUUCGUUGGAGAGAUGAAUAUUAA